AUGGAUUGGUGGCUGACCGAUCCAAGCUUUUCUGGUGAAGUUGGCGCCUUCCCUGCUACAGCCUCGUCUUCACUGGCCUUCCACUAUUCACAGCCGACUGCUUUCCCGGUGGGUAGUGGCAAUUUGCAUAGAGGAGAAUUGCCAGUGACUGAAACUUGUGAAACGGAACUGUACAAUUGGAUACCACUAGAUCUCAGUCACUGGGUCACUGAAACCUCGCUGGGCAUCCCCAUCGAUGGAUCUUUAGCGUCUACUCUGAACAGCGCUCCUGAACCGCAUCAAUCACACCAGACUGUUCAAGGGGCCAGCCAUCUGAUGAUACCAAGAGAGUCUGACAAACCCACAACCUCGGUCAAAUUGAGCAAGUUGGGAUUGGAAAUCCCUGCUGGUAUCUCUGAUGACAUCCUAGUCAGACUCAAACGCUUAGAUGGCGGUCUUGAUGGUCGAAGUGUGAGAAGAAUAAAAGAGGUCCUGCUGCUUUGUGAUUUCUGGGAGGAGAAACUAGAAUUCUUGGAGCGUUUGGGAAGGGUCUGGUACGGGCUGUUACAAAGCCCUAAGAAUCGUGACUCAAACGGCGAGUGCAUAUGGAGAUCAGGCUUCAGUUGGGGGGGAAACGCGUGGUGGGUCCAUAGGUGCACUCACUGUCGGAGAGUCGCCAAUGUCCAGAAGAAGAUAGGACGCCAACUGUGUCUCACUUGCAACAAGCGUCGAAAGGACAGGGCCAAGCAAGAAACCAUGAGCUUACUCCGCGCAAAUACUGCUAGUCACAAACCAAGAGAGCCCUUUGAUUCGUGA